AUGGCAACAGUAAAUGAAUCAAAUCUAUGUUCAAUCUGUCAUAAUUUAUCAGCGAUAUGUAUUUGCAUUGGAUGUAAAAAAUAUUUUUGUUCGAAAGAUUUUCAAGAACAUGAACAACAAUUAUCAAUAAAAUUCAAUAAUGAAAUUCUCAAGUCACAUGAUGAAUUUCUUGAUCAAAUAGAUAAAUUAGAAAAAUCAAAUUAUUCAUCAUUAGAUCUUUCCGAUCAAAUUGAACAAUGGAAAAAAAUAACAAUCAAUAAAGUUGAAGAAGCAGCAGAAAAAGUUCGUCAUAAACUUAUUGAAUUAAUAAAAAAACAAAGAAUAACAAUAAUACAACAACUUGAACCAAUUACAAAAGAAAUUCAUCGUCGACAAGAAGAAAAACAUUUUCUUGAAAAUGGUAUUGAUCAUUUUAAACAAAAGAUCAAUGAAAUACAACAAAAAUUUGAAUAUUUUUGUCAACAACAUAUAAAAAAAUCAAUCAUUAUUGAUAAUAAUAACCAAAUUGAUUGGAAUCAAUUCAUCUAUAUCCAUGAAGAACAACAAAAAUGUGAGUAUUUUGAUUAA